AUGUCUAAUCCAGAUGAUUUAGAUGAUGGACUCGCCUAUGAUUUUGAUGCCGAACAUGAAGUAAUUUUUGACGCCAAGGAUGGUAGUCCCCCAACCAAAAAGGUACAAAAGAGGUCUAUAGAACAAGAUGACGAUGACGUUGAUGAUAUAGAUGGGAAAAAAGAGGAGAGAAAUUCAGAAGAUGAUUCGAAUAGACCUAUUUCGAAAAGACAGAAAAAGCUACAGAAAAAAUCAAAGCUAAUUGAGAAAAAGAAAGAGGAAAGCCAGUAUAUCGUCUCACAACGAAAAGCACUUCCAGCAAGUUCACCAGAAAAAAUUAUUGAGUACCUAACAACUUUGAUACGAGAAAAAAAUCCUGACUUGAGUGUUUUAGAAUUAGAGGAACUUUACUUCAAAAGAAAUGAUUUUCUUUCGACAGAAAAAUUUGACGCUGAACGCAGAUUAAGCAAUUUCCCAGCCUUUAUUCAAAAAUUUUCCGUAGCUCCAAAAAAAAUUGUUUUUUCUAUGUCUAAUAUUAGAGUAGCAGACGUUUAUCGUAGUCUAAACGGUGGCAAAAAUUGCGUCAAAUUAUUCUCUAAAAGUAAACUAAAGGAUGACAUAGCCACCGUGGAACGUUUACUUACUGACAGCUCUAAAAAAUCAAACAAAAAUAAAGAUUCACUAUAUUUUAUUGCCACUCCAACAAGAAUGCAGAAAAUUAUAGAAGCUACUGACUUACUUUUCCAAGGUAAGGAAAAGUUAGAUAUCAUUCUUGAUGCAAGUUAUUUAGAUCCUAAGGAUAAUACUAUAUUAUCAUUCGAGAAUGCAGCCGUCCUCUGCCAAGUCUUGAAAACCUUUUUGAAUAAAAAAAGCUCCGUGAAAAUACUGUUAUAUUAA